UUCCCUGUUUUUUCUUGUAAGACCUAGUUCUUCAGAUGGAGCAUUUGGCUCACCAGUCCCAUUUGGAAUGGAGCUUUGGCUGGUUUUGCCUUUGGCAUGCUGAGCAUCACAGGCGCCUCACUGCAAUUUGCUGCUGCCAUUGCAUCUCCUCUCCUCAGCCCAUACUGCUACUGCUCACUUGCUGGAAUUGCUCAGACCGAAUACCUGGGUUAUGCAGUCCUGUACCUUUCCAAUCCUCUGCAAAGGCCCACAGUGUCCUGA